GUUAGCCAUGCCAACUGUUACUCUUCACCCCUAGAAACUAAAAUAGUCAUAUUCUCUUGCAACGCUAUCCUCUCUUGAUCUUUCAGUCUGGAAAUCCGCUACUAUGAACGUAGAAAGAUGCAUCAAAUUACACAAUGAGAUCCUGCGUCAUGGAUGGGUCCAUUCAGGCCACAACAUUUCCCAGUUUGAGACAGUUGCCAGAUCGUGGAUGAGCCACUUCGGCGACGAUGAAGGAAUCCUGGCUAAUCUUGUGCCUGAAAUCCGACAAUUCCUGCAGCAAGCUCAGAUUAUAUUAAGUGAGCCGGACAAGGCUGGCGGGUUCUCCUUCUUCUUCUGGGUUAAUAAUCUAGCUGCUCCAGGAAAUCUUUUUGGGUUUGAAGAGAUGGUAGAGAUGGUGCUUGAUCCAGUUGAUGAUACAGUACCUAUGAAAUGUGAGUAUAAAGAGAAAAGGUUUAUACUUCUUUACACAUUAAAUCAGCUUGCGAGUCACAAUGUUGGAUUAUUGUACGAUCAAACAAGUCAUCUCUGCAUCAUAUGUCCAGAUCUCGACGACUUCGAAAGGGUCUUCUGGAAAAGAACAAAAUGGUACCCGUUAGAUGUCGCCCUAGAAUACUGGCUCAACACUAUCCAAACAGGUGAUAUAGUUGCUGUGCCAGAGAAACAUCUACAGACUCACCUCGAUCUUGUAUCCAGCCAUUAUCCUUGGCACUAUAUACGAUUCCACAAGCAGAUGUUGGACGAGACACUUGAGGCUUUCAAUAAGCUCGUCGAAGCCAUCGAAGCUCGUCUGCCCCAGGGAAGCUCCUUGCAUAACAACAACGACGAUAACAACAACUACAAUGCACAUGGUCUCGUAGAUGCAGACGUGCUCCAGCUGCACAAUAUUUCUGCAGGAUUCGCCCGAGAGUUUCUAGAAAAGGCACGAACUCCACGCUUUAAAGCUAUUGCACCUGGCUUAGAAGUCAUGACAACGUCAAGUAUGUCUAAGCAACCUUUCAUACCUGAGACUGAUGAGAAGCUCAGCAAACAAAGUGUUCCACCAUUUCUUCUCUUCUACUCGAAGCUUAACUACGACCAGUCUCAGGAUCAGAUAGAACCUGGAGGAACCGGACCUUUUGGAUACCCCUAUCGCAACAACACCUUAUUUCCCGCAGGCCUUUAUCUACUCCAGACGAUGUCGGACAAUACAUGCAAGUUCAUUCUCCCUUUCAGCAUUGGCGGGAAAGGGUACGCGUGCAGGACCGAUGGUGCUUUGUAUGGAGAGAAUGAGCCAAAAGACUCGUUUGAUGAUCUCUACAGUCUAGGCUUCCAUCCAUUUGAAACAAGCUAUGCACAAAAGCUUGCUAGUAUCUUGGAAAACUGGCUUGGUAUGGUAGUGAGUGAAGCUUGGAAGAUUGAUGAAAAUGGUGUUGCGGGUGGCAUGGAGAUAUGGAAAGAUGCUGAUUCGGAAGAGCACUGGGAGAAGUAUGUAAUCAACCGCAACUUUGGAUAAGUAGAUUCUAUUUUGCAAAGAUAAGCGCUCACCUUGAAGGUCAAAAUUCUGUACUGCCGCGCGCGGCGUACUUUGCAAAGCCGAUGGUACUAUUAGAG